AUUGAAUAUGUCUCACAAAUUUGUAAUUGUUGGUGCUGGUCUUUCUGGAUUGAGCAAUGCAUUUUUCAUUAAGCAUUUUUUCCCAAAAGCGUAAAUAACUUUAGUAGAGUAAUCUAAUCGUGUCGGUGGGAUGAUCAUUUCAAAUAAUAGAAAUGGAUUUAUUUGCGAGGAAGGUCCAAGAUCAAUAAGAAUGGGAAAGUAUAAUAGACCACUAUAUCAUAUUCUAAAUAAGAUUGGACUUUAUAAGGAAUGUAAAAUAAGUAAUAAAAUCAAUAGUUGUGCCCAGUAUUCAGUAGCCAUAUAGUUAUAUCUAUUGGAAUGGGAAAUUAAAUGCUGUUCCUCUGCAAAUGAAUUUAGAAACAAUAUCAUAAUUCAUAUAGGAUAAUGGAAGUGGAGAUGUCUUUAAACUAAUAAAAGCAUAUCCUAAGAUGCUGUUUAAGAAACCAGAUACAGACAAUUUGGGAGAUUACUUGGAGUAGGUAUUGGGAAGGGAUCUGACUGAAAAAUAUGCUGAGUCAGUAUUUUAUGGGAUCUAUGGGGAAUCCGUGUAUAAUUUAUCGAAGGCUCUGUGUUAUUAGAAGAGUCAUAUGAAUGGGUAUAAUGAAUAAGAAUUGAGCAAAGAUUUGAGUUUCGACAAGGACUUUGAAUAGGCGAGGGAUUAGAAAUUGAAAGGAGGUAACAAUGAUGAUUAUGGCAUAGCAAAUAGUUAUAGAUUCAGAGAUGGAGUAGAGUCUCUACCCAAGAGAUUGCAUGGUUAUUUAUAGGAGACAUAUCAAUCUGAGUAUAAGGUGAAGUUGAAUUCGAAAGCUAAGUGGAUUGAUCUGACAAGAAAGGAAUUGGUAGUUGAGAGUAGGGAGGAAUAGGAGGAGUAGAGAUUAAAUUAUGAUUAUUUGAUAUUGAAUGCUCCUACUCAUCAGUUAUCUUAGAUAAUGAUUAAUUCUAAUUUGAAUAAGGUUGGAGAGAUGUUCAGAGGAGUUAAGUGCAAUACAUUGGUGACUAGAAAUAUAUGUUGGGAUUAAAAGAUAUUACCGAAGGAAGUAUGAAAUAGAUAGUAAUAUUAAGUUCAAAGGUUUCGGAUAUUUAAUAAAUCCAAAGCAGUAGUAGGUGAUAUUGGGGAUGGUGGCAGAUUCACUUUCCUUUCCUUCUUAGUAUCCUGAGAAUGCUACUAAUUUAUCUGUUAUGUCAAUAUAUGAUGUGAAUGAUCACGUGAUUUUGAGUGAGUUGAGUAAACAUUUGGGAGUGAAGAUUCCUGAUCCAAAAGAGAUAGUCACUAAAGGUUGGUCAAAAGCAUUUACUCAAUUUUCCCCUGGACAUUAGGAGGAAAUGAAGAAGAUUGAGUCAGAAUUGAAUGCAAAAAGUAUAAUAAUAGGAGCCAACAAUUACACAUUAGCCAUUCCAGAAUUGGUGUACUUGUCCUAUAGUAAGGUGAAACAAUUAUAUUUGUGAAUAAUAAUUUUCAGUUAGU